CUGAAGCGACUUAGCAGCAGCAGCAGAGUCUAAUUGGGGCAGAGAGGCUGCGAGGGGCAGAAUGCUUCCCCAUUGGUUCCUCGGACAGUCACAGCACCUCCUGGAUCUUAGUCAUUUCCUGAGCUCAGCUGCUGCGAAGAGGGCAUCGCCAUGAUAAAACGAGCGGCGGCCGCUGCGAUCGGAGGAGCCCUGGCGGUGGCGGCGGUGCCCGCGGUGCUGGGCGCAGUGGGCUUCACGGGGGCUGGAAUCGCCGCCUCCUCCUUAGCGGCCAAGAUGAUGUCAGCGGCCGCCGUGGCCAAUGGGGGCGGAGUUGCCGCCGGCAGUCUGGUGGCCACUCUCCAGUCCGUGGGGGCAGCUGGACUCUCCACAUCAUCCAACAUCCUCCUGGGCUCCGUUGGAUCAGCUUUUGGGGCUUUGCUUGGAGGGGCCAGAAGGGCACCUCCUUCCCCUCCUCCAGGUGGACCCAGACCUGCAGGGGAGCAGCCAGGAGAAAAUGUACCCCAAGUCGAACCUCCAAAACCCCCACUCGAGCCAGAGAAGCAUGAGAAAUAAAGAUCACCUGCAGAUGUAA